AAGAGUAAAAGUAAAUAAAACAAUGUCUCGGGGCGGAGAACUGGUCUUUAAAACGAAGAAAACCUCGGAGAAGAUAUCGGAAAACAUACACAUCUUCGCCAACGAUCCGUCGCUGGCCUUUUUCCGGGUCCAAGAACACGUUCGCAAGGUUUCGCCAGCGAUUUUCGAGAAGCGCGAUGAGGUCUUCCAGCUGCAAAACAAUCUCCAGGGGCAUUGUUACGAUAUGGAGUACGGAAUUCAAGCCCUGCGUACGAUUGAAAAAUCGGAGAGCAUAUUCGACAACAUACAGGAAAUGAUCAAGGCUUCGAUUUUCCUGAAGCAACAGCUGAAAUACGAGGAAAACAGGAAGAAGAUCAAGAAGGAGAGCACCAAAUCUUCGGUUUACAAGCGAUUCUCCGCCCACCUCGCUUUGGAUCUGCCGGAUUUACCCGAUUUUGGUGGCGUUAUGCGGGAAACCAGCCAGCGAAUGGAGAAUAUGAUAGGUCCUGGCACGGGAACAGGACGAACUGAGGCCCAGGCCCCGCCAGCCAGCAAUCCGGGGGAACUCCAGAGAUCCUACACCACACUCCACUAGUUA